GCGGCCGGAGGUGGUGGACUUCCCGCGGCUGCACGCGCGCGAGGAGGCGCUCUACUUCCACGACGCCUUCGCCAUGCCCUGGGAGAAGGACAAGCACUACCGCAUGCUCUACCGCCUCGAGAAGAAGUACUUCCCGGAGCAGUCCCUCGACAACGCCUUCGUCGCCGCCGACGCCGCCGCCCCCGCCCAGCCGCCCUCCGACGCUGACAAGGGCCUCGUCUUCUUCGAGGAGGAGAAGAAGGAGGGCGGGGAGGUCGGGAAGAAGGAGGGGGCGGACAAGGGGGAGGUGCUGGAGAGGAAGGUGGAGGAGUUCUUCAGGGCCCUGAAGAAAGGGCCAGGGGAGGGGAAGGCUGACGACGCUUCGACAGCGGCGAAGAAGAAGGCGGUGUUGGGAGGGGCGCCCAGGCAGGUGAAGCGGGAUGCGGAGAGGGAGGAAGAAGACUGGCCGCGGCCGCAUCUCGCGAGCACGAGGACGGAGCUGCCGCCUCGGUGGGACGGGCCGACAGGGACCGUCGUGCUCAUCGACAAGCCCAAAGGGUGGACCUCAUUUACUGUUUGUGGAAAACUACGGCGGUUGGUGAAAGUGCAAAAGGUUGGCCAUGCUGGUACUCUGGAUCCUAUGGCCACUGGAUUGUUGAUUGUUUGUGUGGGCAAAGCAACCAAAGUUGUUGAUAGAUAUCAAGGCAUGGUUAAAGGCUAUAGUGGUGUUUUCCGGCUUGGAGAAGCAACAUCAACCUGGGAUGCAGAUUCACCAGUUAUUCAGAGGGAAUCAUGGGAACACAUCAAAGAUGAAGAUAUUAGAAAGGCAGCAGCAUCAUUCAUGGGUGAAAUAUGGCAAGUUCCUCCGAUGUUUUCUGCCAUUAAGGUUGGUGGAGAAAAAAUGUAUGACAAAGCUAGGAGGGGUGAAUCGGUAGAGCUUUCACCAAGACGUAUAUCAAUAUACAAGUUUGAUAUCGAGCGCAGUUUAGAAGACAGGCAAAAUUUGAUAUUCCGAGUUACUUGCUCGAAAGGAACAUACAUUCGGUCCCUCUGCGCAGACUUGGGGAAAGCGCUUCGAAGCUGUGCUCAUUUAACCGCACUCCCUCCGUCCCAUAAUAUAAGAGCGUUUUUGACACUAGUGUAGUGUCAAAAACGCUCUUAUAUUAUGGGACAGAGGGAGUAGAGUAGUAUAUAUAUAUGAGCAUUAUAUACAUAGAGAUCUCAUAUACAUAUGUGUUUUCAGGCACAUAAGUCUCUUUGGCUUGGAAAAUGAAAAUACUUUUAUGCCAUUGAAUUUUAUGUCUGCUUCACAGGUGACUAUUCGGUCAAUGACGCUUGGAACUUUGACGAACUGCAAGAACAAAUCACCAAGGGAUACUUAUGAGAAUUGGCCAUGCCCUUUGGAAGAUUGCGAUCGAGAGCAGCUAUUUCCAGCAAGGUCGUGGUGCAAGCCGCUGAUACAGUGGUAUGGUCUGCUAGAAUCUGCAAUCUGACUUCUUAUGUCUCCUUGUAAUCAAGGAAUUCAUUUGUUAACCCUGAACGAUGUAUGGCUGUCGCAGUUCUAUCAUUUGCAAAACUAUAAUGAACGGACAGCCCUAUGUUUGGCAAAAUUGUAAUGAAUCCACUCGUGAUGUAGCUCUUGCGCCGCAAAUUUUGAUGUCUGAUGCAUUAUUUUUUAUCAAAUAUGGUGCGAUUCUACCUGCCA